GCUGCGUUUAAAAGUACAAAAGUCUGGGCAGCUGGCUGCUGCUUUGGGAAUUGGGAUUCUGUUUUCUAAUUAGGCAGUUUUGCUGAACAAUACAUUUACAUCAACAUGAUCAGAGCACGCCUUGCGCCCUGGGAGGCUGGGCACGCUCGCGCCCUGGGAGGCUAAGACGCUCGCGCCCUGGGCUGGGGGGCUCGCAACUACUAAGCCGCCUAAAUGCGCCAGGUGACUCGGGUGGGUUCGCUGCACCACUUUCCGGCCACCCCCGCAAUGCGCGCGCUUGUCUGCGUGGUUGCGCGUGUAUAUAAAACAGUCAGGGUUUCUAUCAGCAACAUUUAUGUUUCAUAUUCGCUGAAUACAAAACAGGCAAUUCUGGUGCGAAGCAGAAAGACAUGGUGCCACCGAUCACUCCUCUUGAAUUGAAUCUCCUCAUCUUCCGUUACUUUCAAGAUUCAGGUUUCACACAUUCAGCUUUUACUUUAGGAUGCGAGGCAGGUCUCUCUGAUUGCCCAAUUGAUGGCAAUAUGGUUCCACCUGGAGCACUUGUUAAAUGUAUUACGAAAGGACUUCAAUACCUAGAGAUGGAAGCAAACUUGAGUAAGAGGAAGGCUGAUCUUGAUGAAGAUUUCUCAUUUAUUCGACCUUUGGAUCUCAUUACAAAGAAUGUUAAUGAGUUGAGGCAAAUGAUAACGGAGAGAAGGAAAAAUCGGCAAAAGCAUGUGGUCAAGGUGAUUAAUAGGAAAGAUGGAUCUAGAUCUAGGGGAGUAAGUGAGAAAGGAAAGCUAGCUAAUGAGAAAGAACAUGAGAAGUACAAGCAUCUUGGGCAAAGCUCUGGUAAUGCAUUUGUCAAAGACACAGAAAUGGUGUCUGCUGAAGAAGACAAACAACUUGAGAUCUUUGGAGGGUCUCGGCCAAUGCAUAUCGCAACCACCCCAACCCCAAAGCAUUAUGCAUAUGGAGUUCUUGGUGUAGAUGUUACAAUUCUGGAGGGACAUGCUAGUGAGGUCUGCGCUUGUGCUUGGAGUCCGGACGGAUCACUUCUAGCAUCUGGGUCUGUGGAUUCAACAGCUCGGAUUUGGAAGAUGGCAGAGAGGAUCAAUGGAGGCAAGUCUGGGGAUGGCAAUCCAAAUGUGUUUGUGCUCGAGCAUGCUCAGGGUAGACGUAAUAAAAACAAAAUUGUUACAUCAGUUGAUUGGAAUGGUGACGGGUCACUACUAGCAACAGCUUCUUACGAUGGAGAUGCUAGAAUCUGGACUUUAGAUGGUGAACUAAAGAGUACUCUUAGGAAGCACAAAAAUGCUGUAAUCUCUAUAAAGUGGAACAAAACGAGUGAUUAUAUUCUUACGGGAAGCUUGGACAAAACUGCCAUAGUGUGGGAUGUUGAAACAAAUGAGGUGAAACAACAAUUCGAAUUGCACUCAGGUCAUGUGCUUGACAUUGAUUGGCGCAACAAUGUAUCCUUCGCAGCCUCGACUAAUAAACUGAUUCAUGUUUGCAAGAUUGGAAUGAACUAUCCUGUUAAAACUUUCUAUGGUCAUCAGAGUGAAGUUAAUAGCAUCAAAUGGGAUCCGACAGGCUCGCUGCUAGCGUCUAGCUCCGAUGACUACACCUUAAAGAUAUGGAGUUUGAAACAGGAUAACUACAUUCAUGAUUUUACGGAACAUAGAAAGGGGGUUUCGACCAGCAGAUGGAGUCCAACUGGACAAGGCACAGACAAUCCAAACAAGCAAGUUUUAUUGGCAAGUGCAUCAUUUGACUCGACAGUGAAGUUGUGGGAUGUUGAGCAGGGCAAACUUCUCUCCAACUUUACUGGCCACAGGGAUGCUGUAUACUCGAUUGCUUUUAGCCCUGAUGGUGAGUACUUGGCUAGUGGAUGCAAGGACAAGUCUAUUCACAUAUGGUCAGUGAAAACAGGAAAAAUUGUCAAAUCGUUUAAGGCUGACGGGAGCAUAUUUGAGGUCUGCUGGAACAAGGAAGGUGAUAAGGUUGCAGCUUGCACUAAUAGAAAAACAGUUCUUGUUAUGGAUUUCAGAAUGUAGGGGCAACCUUGUGUACAACUCCAACCUUAAAAGUUCUGUUGUUUGUGGAUUUUGCGUGGUGCAGCUCCUUAACUUCUGUUAACAGCAGAUUACAACUCUGAAAGCUCUCAGUAGGCCUUUGCAUGCAAUUAAAACAUGUACAUGGGUAGAUUUUGUAGGCUUCUUCAAAGUUUUUUUUUUAAUUGCAUUGCUGGGUGUUUUUUUUUUGGUUUAUUUGUGGUGUAUUGAACUUUGACUUCCGUAAAUACCUUUCCAUUAUUAUAGAUUUUAAGUUUUUCUUAA